AUGGUCAGUUCUCUCAAGGAAUGCAAUGAGAGCGUUGUUCGCAAUGAAAGUGACGCUGCAGGAAACUCAAUCUCUUUGAACAAGAUUGAACGAUUCGAUAAAUUUACCCGGAGAAGAAUGAGAUCUCAGAGGGUACCAGACUCACCCACCACGUCGAAAGAAGAAGCAACGGAAGAUGAUGUCAGUCGAUGGAUUGACUUCAACAAGAUGGCUACAUAUAUAACCGAAGUGCAUCUGUUCUAUAAACUAGAAUACUUUCAAUGUUCUAUUCAAGUGGCAGGCAACAUGUUAGAGAUAACUAACAAAAAUUAUAAAACAACCUCUGCAGAAAAUAUCAAAAAGGAUAAAGCAGAUACUUACAAUCACAAAAUCUUAAAGUCCAGAUAUAAACCUCUAUAUUUAUUCUGCGAUUCUAAAAAAAAAUUCUUUUUGAUCAAUUUUUGCACCGUGCCAAAGAAAAAAGACAUAGAUUCACAUGAAAAAGAUUAUUUAAUCCUGCAAAGGUUCAACUCGUUCUUUGUAUCCGAUUUGUCGGAUCAAUCAGUAACUAUUUCCACAACUGGCAGUAAGUCAAUCGUCAUGGAAUUGGAAGCUGGUAGACAACUUUUACAAAUUCAUAGCCGUUCGGAUUCCAAUCUAAUAAUUAUUUCUUCCGACACGGAUUUCCAUCUUGGAGAUCGGACGAUUGUGCAGCAACUAAUGAAAACAGAAUCCAAUAGAAUCGAGCAAAUAUCAAAGAUGAUUGGUAACAGUCUCUACAAAGCUUAUCGAUCGUUUGGGACAAAAGAUUAUCCGGCAAUGUUAGGAGACUACUACCGAAGUUACAUGCCCAAUGUGUGGCUUGCUUCUUCAAAGGAAAAUAAGAAUUUACGAACGCUAAUACAUCAUUUCUUCAUGGAAGAACAAAUUCGACUGAUUAAAGAAAUCGUUUCCAACGAAGAACUGGAAAACAUUUUUCAUUCUUUAAGAGUAUUUUUCCUAAAUCCGCAGAUUAGAUUAGAAUAUCUUAAUUUAAUGACGAACCACAAAUCUCUUCAGGAUCUUACGAUGAAAGAAACUUGGAAAACGUUUCUCGCAUCACGCAAUCAUGAAGAAAUUUCAAAGUACGAUCAAGCAGCGACAAUAAUUCAAUCUUUCUUUAAGAUGGCUCUCAUAAAGAGAUAUAAACAACUUCAUGAUUCUGAUCACGCUCUGCAUAUGCAGAUUCGCAAUUGGCUUCUGAAGAUAUCCGAUCUAUUCGAUUCGUCUCUCGCAAGCCGAUUGCUGAGAAACGUCAUCAAUCGUCAUACCAGUUUGGGCGAUCUGUAUCCUUGUUCCGGAGACUUCGUACAUGUUCUGAAUAUUCAGGAGUUUAGAGGUGUCUUGGAAAAUGUUAGGUACAAACAGUGGUUCCCAAUUGUCAGAUUUGUCGUGAAUCCCAAGCCUGCACAGAAAGUCCUCGCGGCCUUCGAACUAAUAAUCGAUCUCCCUCAUUUCGCACUGCGAGUCUUCAAUAAUCAAAAUAAACGCGAGAUGACACGUCUCAUAAACCACGUAGCGCCAAUUUGUUACGAAUACCUUCCGUACGGUUACACAGUGUUUGCUUACAGCUGGAACAAUGAGCGGAACUUCAAGGAGCUCGCUUGGAUAAUUCGCGUGAUUACCAUAAAAGGAGAUCCAAUGCUCUAUCAACUAAAUGAGCAGUGGCCUUUGUCAUUAGAAACUAAAUUACCCAGAUUAAUGGUCGACGAAUUGAUUGAUAUAUAUAUUCCAAAUGCGAGGAAUUGUAUCGCGCGAUGGAUUUUGCAAACGACUUCGGAAAGAAGCAUUGUUUCGAUAAGAUUGACAACCUCAUACAACCUGGCAGAGAUCAGAAUAGAAGUCGUCGAUGAAAGCAACAAUAUUUUAGCUGAUGUUAACGGCAGUUCGACAGUUUUAUUGCCUUUAGUAAUCUUGGAAUAUCCUACCAAGAACAAUGAAGUUUAUAAAAUUGAGAAUAAUAAUCAAGGCGUUAACAAAAAAUUGAAAAAUACGGGCAAGGAGAAAAAUUUGUAUUAUAUAGAGGCUUUCGUGCUUAAUAAUAGUUGGCCUCUCACGGAUGUCGAAUGGGUGAACGUAAAUCAAACAAAGACAAAAAACGUGGAAGAUCUCAUGAUUACUCCCGAUUUACAAUCCGGGAAUAAAACAUCAAGCUCUAGUCUCUCGACAAUGAAAAACAACAGAUACAAGCAAUUAUUAAAUAAUGAUCAACCUUUGGAGCCGCCAUAUUGGAUUCUUCAGAUUGUUACAGAUGCUCAAGAUGCUAUAGAGAUUUGUCAAGAUAAAAGCAGAGUGCAAAAGAUAGCAUUGCUGAAAGAGUCUUGGCGGUCAAAGAGUCCAAAUCGAUCAGAACGUGGAAAAGAUUUGCGAGAAAUCUUUUUAAAUGCGCAUAUCUUAAAAAUCGAACCUGACGCAUCUUUGAAUCUAAAUGAGUCGAAAUUAAUAGAAAACGAAGACGCGAUGUUUUGUUUGUCGCACGUCAGGCAAUACAGAACUUUAAAAUCACCAAAGCCUCAUCUGCCUGUUUCAAACAUGAUGAAGUACAUGAAAAGAGAUGAAGCUGUGAAGCAUUAUUGGAUAAAAACAAAGAGUGAUGACGAGAUAUUGAAAAACCAAUAUAUCAACAAUAUUACUAACAAUCAGUCAAAUUAUUUCCGUUAUUUAGAAAAUUUGGCCAAACUGAUAAACAAACAGCUGCAGAAAUAUAUAAAGUACAUCGAAAAGAAAGAAGAGACUUUCUGGCAGAGAAGAGUUCUCGUGGACGCUGUUUAUGAAACUCGAAGGACUUAUACUGAUAAUUUAAUAUCUGAGAGGUUGAAAAUGAAGGAGAAAGGAAAGAAAGAUUAA